CCCAACGACGAACAACCGAGCGCCUAAUCCCGAGCGAAACGUCGACUCAUCGAGCAGUGAGGCCGAGCGAGGCAGCGAGAGCGAAACCUAGCUCCGCGGCCUCCGCCCUCCGCUCUCCGGCCGUCCGACGGCGGCUGCCCCUUGCGCGAUUGCACCCUCCGCUGCCAACUAGCCGGCUGGCCCGUCUCGGCCCUCCCCUGGCUCACCCCCCUCAGGCUUCUCUUCCUCUGCUCCGGACGCUAGCUCCAGGUCUCGCCGGAUCUCGGCCGGCCACUGCUCGCCGCCGUUGCCAGGUGCUAGGUUGCUCUGAUUCAGCGCCGCAUCACGGUCUGCCGUGCUCGUUGGCUGUGGCCUUGCACAGGUGUGCCCACCCUCAAAUUUUUUCCUGCGUCCGCCACUGCCCAUGGCGGAGGCAGCGACAGAGCAGCGGAGCCCCGCAACCCCUCGCCCAGUCCGAUGCAUCGUGAAGCUAGGCGGAGCGGCCAUCACGAACAAGGGGGAGCUGGAGAGCAUCGACGAGGGGAGCCUGCGGUCGGCGUGCGCGCAGCUGCGGCAGGCCAUGUCCAGCGACGCCGCCCCGGGGAAGGCCAUGGGGAUGGACUGGAGCAGGAGGCCCGGCGAUCCGGCCGACCCGGUCGUGGACACGGACGGGUUCAGGGAUAUGGCUGGGCUGGGGAUCGACACCAACUUCAUCGUCGUCCACGGUGCCGGUUCUUUUGGUCACUUCCAAGCAAGUAGAUCUGGAGUCCAUAAGGGAGGGUUGCAUACACCCCUGGUGAAGGCUGGCUUUGUGGCUACCAGAAUUUCAGUGACUUCUCUCAACCAAGAAGUCGUUAGAGCAUUGGCAAGAGAAGGAAUACCGUCCAUUGGAUUGUCACCAUUUGCUUGUGGAUGGUCUACUCAGCAAAGGAAGCUUGUCUCAGCCAAUGCUUCUCAAAUCAUUCAGUCGCUCCAUGCUGGCUUUGUCCCUGUCUUGCAUGGAGAUGGUGUUCUUGAUGAGCUACUGGCCUGCACCAUAUUGAGUGGAGAUGUCAUUAUACGCCACCUUGCACAGCUUCUGUGUCCAAAAUAUGUCGUAUUUCUGACAGAUGUUCAGGGAGUAUAUGACCGUCCUCCAACUGACCCAGAUGCAGUACUUCUCAGAGAGAUAGAGGUAGAUGACAAUGGAGGCUGGUCUGUUGUAAAACCUGUAUUACAAGGCAACAAAAGAGGAGUGAAAACAUCGGUAGCUGCACACGACACCACCGGAGGAAUGGAGACCAAAAUAUUGGAAGCUGCUGCAAUAGCUCGGCUCGGAGUGGAUGUGUACAUUACGAAGGUUGGUACGGACGACUCCCUCAGAGCCUUAAAGGGGGAUGUGGACACCAGCUCGGACGAUUGGUUUGGAACUGUUAUACGCUCUGCCAAGUAGAUUUCUCGCCACAAAUGUAUUCUACGCGUUUGAUUCGCAGCACCUUUUCGGUUAUAGGAACUGCUGGUGAGCUUUAAGUUCGUCAGAGAACGAUUUUUAGGUCACUUCCUACUGCAGAGCAUCAAACUGUUGUUUCCGACGGUUGAUUUUAAUGGACCCAAUGUUGCGAAAAUGUAGAGGUUUCGCUCACCAUUUGGCUGUUCGGUUUCCUUACGAGAAAAUCACAGUUGAUUUAUUGCUCACCA